AGGCGCGUGCGCGGACGAGCCAGUACGGAAGUCAGAGGGAGCUCGGGCACGGGCAAGAUUUGACGUGAGGUGGUGGACUUCAGGGGCGUUCAGGAGGCAACCGGCUUCCUGGAGCCUUCCCUGUCCCGAGCCCCGCGUUCCUAAGCCUGUGCCCGCGGGGCUGCUCAGGGCCACUUUCAGUUAGGCGUUCGAGGCGAGCCCUCGCGCACCCGGCAGCCGGGCCCGGAGCUCUCGCGAGACCAGUGUGCUGCGCGAGCGCGACCUGCGUUUUCGGAGUAACUUGGGCGAGAGUGGCGGGAUGGACGAGGAUCUGGUGGUUGCGCUGCGGCUGCAGGAGGAGUGGGACGUGCAGGUGGCACGGCGCGCGGCGGCGCGGGAGUCCGUGUCGUUGGUGGAUGCUUCCUGGGAGCUGGUGGACCCCACCCCGGACCUGCAGGCGCUCUUCUUGCAGUUUAACGACCGCUUCUUUUGGGGUCAGCUGGAGGCGGUGGAAGUGAAGUGGAGUGUGCGCAUGACACUGUGUGCUGGGAUUUGUACCUAUGAAGGAAGAGGAGGAAUGUGCUCCAUCCGUCUCAGUGAACCUCUUCUAAAACUGAGACCAAGAAAGGACCUUGUGGAGACUCUUUUGCAUGAAAUGAUACAUGCCUACCUAUUUGUCACUAAUAAUGAUAAAGACCGGGAAGGACAUGGCCCAGAGUUCUGUAAACAUAUGCAUCGAAUCAACCAACUGACAGGAGCCAACAUAACGGUCUACCACACUUUCCAUGAUGAGGUGGAUGAGUAUCGUCGGCACUGGUGGCGUUGCAAUGGGCCCUGCCAGUACAAACAGCCCUAUUAUGGCUAUGUGAAGCGUGCAACCAACCGGGCACCCUCUGCCCAUGACUACUGGUGGGCUGAUCACCAGAAAACUUGUGGAGGCACCUACAUAAAAAUCAAGGAGCCAGAAAACUAUUCCAAGAAAGGCAGAGGAAAGACAAAACCAAGCAAGCAGCUGGCAUCAGCAGUGGAGACUAAAGACAAGCUAUGCAGAGGGGAGGUGCAGCCCCUUAUCCCAUUCAGUGGAAAAGGGUAUGUUCUUGGAGAUGCAAGCUCUUGCCCUUUACCUGGGAAGUUGAACACCUCACACAUGGUUAAUGAAGCCAAAGGUCUCUCAAAUCAAGACCAUUCAGCAAGUGGCCUGAUACUUGAUUCCAGCCUUGAGGUGAAAUGUGAACAGAAUGGUUUCCCAAGUAAAAGACCUCAUCUGGUCUCCCCUGCUCCCACUGCUAGUCACCAAAGUGUCCUGAGCAGCUACUUCCCCAGAGUUUCUGUUGCCAACCAAAAGGCUUUCAGAAAUGUGAAUGGAUCCCCAGUAAAGAAUGGGACCAUUGGGGAUGGCACCAAGUAUUCAGCCUCAUCUGGUUCUCAGAGAAAGGGUCCACCUUCCAGGGCAUCCCUGAGAAAUGCCUCCAAAGUCAUGGCAUCAGCAUCGGCAACUGUGGCAUCUGCAACUGUGACACCUUCAACCAUAUCCCAAGAGGAAAGUGCAUCUGAAGACCAGUUCCCAAACAAGCGACACAGGUUGGAAGACAGGACUGCUUUGGAUAAUAUCAUCAAGGAGCAAACACACAGUGGUGGUGGUGAGCUUCAGAAUAACUCAGGGCCCUCAGCCACCAGCACAGUUCGGAGUUCAAGCAGCUCAUGCAGUCAGCGACGACUGGUCAACUGUCCAGUCUGUCAGAGGGUAGUUUUGGAAUCAGGGAUUAAUGAGCACUUGGACCGCUGCCUGGAAGGUAACAAAACCAAUCUCCGACCUCGAAGAGUCUGAAAUGCAGUGGGUCCCAUACCACCUGCUGGCUUGUGGUGGUGGUGCCCUCCAGGUGAAGGACCUGUAGGUUACAGUCUGACUUAUUACACCAGCAGUAUUCUGUUUUACAUAUACAUAGUGAGCAGUUGUAGUCUGUCUCCAUCCAGGUGUGGUGGUAUGUCCCUGUAGUCCCAGGUACUCAGGAAGCUGAGGCAGGAACAUCACUUGAGCCCAUAACCCUGGGUAAUGAGACAGGGUAAAGCCACUGUCUCAGGAUCUUAUGUGAAGGUGCUGUGUUCACCCAUGCCUUACCAGGAUUUUGGCUCAGAUUGUCCUGCAUCAACGUAUGAUUUUAGGUACUUUAGUUUUCUCUUGUUCUUGAAGGUUUUAGAGUACUAUUUUGAUUUGUAUAGUUUAAGAUAAUCUUACCAUGAGCCCAACAGUUGAACACUUUUAAUAUUAAGGCCCAUUCUUUGAGCUGAUGUUAAUCUCUAAGAUGUAAGAUUCUCUAUCCAGACAGUGUGAAGCAUAGUAGUUCUAAAAGUACUCAGGGCUCUUUGUCUUUUUCUGUCUUUUCUUUUUUUUCAAAAUGAUAACAGUGGAUAAGCUUCCUAUAUUUUAAAAGAAUUUACUUUCUGUAUAAAGGUGGUAGCAAAUUUUAAAGACUUCUGUAUUUUCAGCAAUUUUUAUUUUAAGUAUAAUAUGUAUAUAUAAAAUCUGUCCCACCUUUACUAAAAAGUGGCAGAUUUUAAAGACCCUCCUGUAUUUAAAAGAAUUUUUCUAUCUCAUGCUUAAAAUCACAGCACUUGGGAGGCAGAGGCAGGAAGAUGGCUGUGGAGUUUAUUUAAAGCCAGCUUGGGCUUAAGUUCCAACCUCGGCUAUAAUGAGACCGUGUCUCAAAAACAAAACAAACAAAAACUUUUCUUUUCCUCUAUCCCAUAUUUAUUUGUCAAGAGGUGGCAGCAGAUUUUAGAGUAGAUACAGAGUAUAUAAUAGUACAGUUGUUUUGGAAUAUUAGAGCAGUUACUCGGUUCUGCGGGCCAGAUUUGAGGGGGACUUAAGUGAAUGGUUAAAACUUGGUGCUAAAAAGUAACUGAUACAUAACAUCUCACAAAGCUGCCUAAUUCUCUGGAUAGCAGAAAACUGUCCAGAAGCAGCACUGGGAACUCUAUGCAGUGGGAAAAGCAAAAGCACCAUCAUCUGAGUAUCGGAAGGGGCUUGCAUCUUUCCAUGUUCAGCAGAGAGACACAUUAUUCGGCUCAGUUUGUCUCAUGGCUGUCCCUCCACCUUGCUGACUUUGCUACAAGGUCAUUUAUACGUUCUAAGGUGCACAAAUUUUGUGAGCAUCUGGGUGAACCUAGUUUGCCCAGUGUUCCACUGUGUAACUUCCUCCUUUAUCUCCCUAAGGGAGGAUGGGGGAGUCCUGUUGUAGUUGUCCCUUUAUAGGACCUACCUUCUCCAUUCCCAAGGUCACAGUUUACCAGAGGGUGUGAAGGUAGUAUCUUUGUUACUGUGUAGAAGUUUAUUUUCAUUCCUCUGUAGAAUUUAAUGAUACCAGAAGUUUUCCCCUCACCCCAGUAUUACUGAACCAUUGAAAGUAUCCCAGUGCAGGGCUAAGUAAUGCUGACAACAUCCACUCAGAGUGGGACUAGUCACAGGGUCUGUGUUCAGCUCUGUCAAACUCUGAAUUCCCUUCCUUCAGCAGUGUGCAAGUGUAAUGUCAACUUUUCAGCAUUCUUGACAGGAUCUUUAGCCUGUCAGAUUGCAUAACAAGUUUAAAUAGUAUUAAAUGUUUAUACAUAAAUAGCUAUUAAAGUUUUGUGUUUAAGUAUAGUCCAUAUUUUCAUAAAUUUAACAGUUUAUAGGCAAUUAAGUAUUUUUUGAGCCCAGCUACAUGAAGUUCUAGGGCUAUGAUGUAAAUAAGGUGGUAGUUCAUGCCUUUCUGGAGCUACAUCCUUGGUGGGGAAAGAUGCAGAUUAACUUCAGUGCCAUAUUGACAGUGCUGGGAUGGGGUUUCACCCUGGCACUGUUUUUUAGUGAGUGGAGUUAGCUUAUUAAAAGGAGAUGAAGGGCCUCAAUAGGCAGGGAGGUAGCUGGGCACAUCCCGUAGAAACAAGCUGUGGAGGUGGAGUGGGCGAUGUGGGCCAAUGGCAGGAGGAAGAGUGCAGGUAGCCAGGCCUAGCCACAUGAGGGUAGGAUUACAUGUGCUGUGUACUCUAGUCAUCUGUGCAGUGCUGGGUAACACAGGGCAGGAGGGAAGGAGGAGCUGGGUGUAGAAGGUACCAGUGUAGUUGGGAGGCAGCAUCAGCUUCUGAAAUGCUGGAGGGAAAGUGGAAAUUUAAUGAGUCCAUACUUGUUAGAGAAAAUUUGCCCCUAAUAAUAGUUAUCCCUAUAUCUGUCAUUUAUAUUUACAUUUAUCAGUGAAAUGUGCUCCAUUUUGUUUGAAUUCUCCCUUUGGAAGAAAUUUCUAACCUCACAGUAGAGCUAAAGUUGGUUCAGUGCCCCACUGUAGGGCCACAGCCAUAGGUUCUGUUUCUGUAGAACCUUGCCUUUACAUCCCUGUUCAUGCUGGCUAGCAAAACAUUGAGAAACCUUUGUUUGGCUUUGGCCAACUGUGCACACACACCCUAACUGGGAUCAGAGGUAAAUGGGAAAACACUUGACUAAAACCUCAUCCUGUCUCAUUGUUCCAAAACUCUUAAGAUUGUAUUUUUUCAAAGCUUUACAGAAUUUUAAAAUAAAUUAUAAUGUUUUGAUGUAAA